AACGCAUCCGUCCGUCUCUCAUUCUCAUUCCUCUACCUUAUUCAUACCGAGGGACACCACCACGCGUGUGGUUGUGCCAUGAGACAAGCAGUGUCUUCGUGCCUGUGGCGAGAGCAGCAGUCACACUCCUACUACGUUGCUGCGGAGGCAUCGCGUCCUGUAUCCGGUGGUUCUGGUUAACGGCAGCGACGUGACCGUUAAUUUUACAGUCCCAUCUUCGCUUCUUGAUUACGUUCCUCGCCACGGCGGCCAGCCAUGGAGACGGCGGCCUACAAAAGAUCUCGAGCGCGUCCUGGCUACAACGUGCCGAAGGAGCCGACACAGGAGGAACGUCUCGAACGCCUGAACACGGCUAUUCAGGCGAUCACUUUCGAUGACGUUCGAACGGUGGUGUCCUGCAUCCCUGGCAACAUUGAAGUAGGCGCCACAUACGACCUGGUGUUGGGGGCGAGUCAGAACAAACCCCGUAGAGUGAAGGCGAGUCUCCUCCACCUCGCCGUCCACCACAGGGCUGCCCAGUGUGCCAAGCUCCUUCUGCAUCUUGGGGCGCCGACUGAAGCCACAGACAGCGAGCUGGGCGAUUGCGCCAUCCACGCCGGCGUCAGGAUGUCCCGCUACGACCUGGUGACCCUCCUGCUGGAGUACGGCGCCUCCCCGACGUCCACCAACGCCGCCGAUGACACUCCUCUGCACCUAGCGGCUAAGCAGGGCCUCGUGCACACCUGCAAGGCUUUGCUCGAGGCUGGGGCCGACCCAACGGCAAGGAAUAGGUAUAACGAGACACCAUGGGACACCGCUACCCUUGCUGGUUCCCCCUCCUCCUUGGCCUGCGCAGACCUCAUCCUUACGAAUUAUCUGCAGGCCAAGGACAGCGCCAGAAGUCUAAGGCAACUGACCAGUCGGCCUGUGUGACCUUUUGUAUUUGGAAGUGCUGAGAAGGACUUCAGAAUAGUUGAAAUCGUA